GCUCAUAUAUUAAAUUACUUCUUAACCUUGACUUUUGACUCUUUUGUCAGGAUGACACUAUAAACUUAUUCACAUAUGCUGUGCUAAGGUUGACUCCGCGUGCUCUAUCUUCUGGAACAAGUUCCUGGUACUACUUACGGAAAGGAAAUAUUGCAUCGAAUGUUGUCGCCGAGACUAACGUGGCUUCUCAAAACUCCAUGUCUGAAAGUUUUUAUGGAUCAUCUGAUAUAUCCCAUGGUGAUGAUAACAACUAUCAUGUUGUGAGGCCCUUGCAGAGUGACAAGUGGUCCAAGGGAAAAGAUGGUUAUCUCGUCACUGAUUUAUGGGGUGCAGAGGUUGGUACAUGGGUGUUUGCUACUCCAACAGUUUUGCUUCAACAGACAGGAGAGAGAAUGUAUCUUUGUGCUUAUCAGCAUAGGAGCCUUACUUUGAUGCUUCUUAUUCCCAUAUCCUCCAUACCUAAUGGGGAGCAAGGUGUGUCGGCAGCGAAGCAACAAGUUCUUGAAAAUGUUAGUUUCUAUUAUACUGAAUGUUUUUCUUCCUAAUGAGCUCUUCCGGCCAAUGGAGGAAGAUGCUGUGGCUAAGAAUGAGGAAGAGGAAUUCAACACAGGACCACUAUCUGUACUCAUGAUGAGUGUGAAGAAUAACACACAGGUACUGAUAAAUUGCCGCAACAACAAGAAGCUUCUAGGCCGUGUCAGGGCUUUUGAUAGGCAUUGCAAUAUGGUUCUUGAAAAUGUCAGGGAAAUGUGGACUGAGGUGCCUAAGACUGGUAAAGGAAAGAAAAAGGCUCAACCAGUCAACAAGGACAGAUUUAUCAGCAAAAUGUUCCUCCGUGGUGAUUCAGUCAUCAUUGUUCUUAGGAACCCCAAAUAAGCAUCAUCUAUGAAAGUCUUUUUUUGUCUUUGUUAUGGAAUUCUUGAUAAUUGAGUAUGGUUAGAUUGAAUGCUUCUUGAUAAUGAUAAUAUGCGGAAGAGAUAUUGAUGGAGGAUAUAUAGAAUUAGAUGUGGAUUUAUGUACUGUACGUAUUAACAAUCAAUGAAUGUAUGGAAUAGUUGACUAUGUAAUGAGCUUUGUGCUUUUAUGUGGGUUUGAAAUUGUUUCUGGUGGAAUUCUUUGUUGAUAGGGGUUGAAA